AUGAAAACAACAACGUUGAAAGCCGCCGUAGGGUCGGCUAUGCUGCUCUUGGCGACUCAGCCGGAAUGUGUUAGCGCACAACAUCAUCACCAGCAUCAACACCGAGAUCUUCACCAUCAACAUCACCACCACGCUAGCAAGAGAGAUCAGUUUGCUGCGAGCAAUGCUACUUCCAAUCCUCGGUAUGAGUCUCGCCGGCCGGAGAAGCUUCAAGCUCGCGGAGGUGCAAAGUGCGAAUUUCCGACAUCAAAGGGGCUUUUUGCCGUCACCCCAGAUGCUAUGAACGGAGGCUGGGCGUUGGCACCCGAUCAGGAAUGUGUUGAUGGCACUUGGUGUCCUAUUGCUUGCCCUCCCGGACAAGUGAUGGCUCAGUGGAAACCUGGCACGCAUUAUACCUACCCUGAUUCCACUUGCGGAGGUAUCUACUGCAACGGUGGUGAGAUUGAAGUGCCUUUUGAGGAUAAGCCGUGGUGUGUAGAUGGCACUGGUACUGUCGAGGCCGUCAAUAAAGCUGGUAGCGUCGUUUCGUUCUGUCAGACGGUACUGCCCGGUUACGAAGACAUGAUCAUUCCCACCGAUGUCCAUGAUAGUGCCACCUUGGCCGUUCCGGAUCCCUCGUACUGGGAUUCAACAGCAUCCCACUUUUAUAUCAAUGCGCCUGGUGUGAGCUCUGAUGAGGGAUGUCACUGGGGAGACGAGUCAAAGCCCAUAGGCAAUUGGGCUCCGUACGUCGCCGGUGCCAAUACCGAUGGCAGCGGCAACACAUUUGUUAAGCUUGGGUUGAACCCUGUGUGGCAGGACAGUGCCCUAUUUAGCACGAAGCCCACAUUUGGCCUCAAGAUCGAGUGUGAUGGAAACUGUAACGGUCUACCCUGCGAGAUGGAUGGUAACGGCAUAGUCAGCAACAACAAGGCUACUGGUGCUGGCGGCUCUGACUUCUGUGUCGUUACCGUUUCUAAAGGCGGCAAGGCAAGCAUUAUUGUUUACAAUCUAGACGGGUCCAGCGGUGAUGGUGGUGAUGGUGGAGAUAGCGGUGAUGAUGAGACCACAUCGAGCCCUGAACCAACACCCACCUCUACCUCAACUCCUACGCCAACUCCAACCCCUACAUCUACAUCGACUGAGGAGCCUACCACGACAGAAACCCCUACUACAUCCAGUGUUCCAACAACGACAGAAACGCCGACGUCUACGUCCACCCCUACCCCUACCCCUACAACGUCAUCUUCGUCGGAGGUGCCAACAACGUCAUCUAGUACCAGCAUCAAGCUAACUACAUACUCGGCGGUCCCAAGCUCAAGCAGCUCUGUCGAGUUUAAGGGUGCUGUGUAUCAUCAAAACGGGACUAGUACUGAAGCUAUUUCCUCCAAGAAGCCGACGGGAACUUCGGUUUUCUCUGCGGACAGCACCAGUGAAGUUCAGAUUGAGAGCCAAGGCGGAAGUGAGAAUGGGGCCGAGAGCGAGUCUUCUCCCACUGAGACGAGCAAGAGUGAGAACGCCGGUCGGCGCCAGGACGGUGCUGCCGUGGGUCUUAUUGUCGCAUGCGUGGCUGCAAUCUAUCUUCUCUAA